GUUUCAUAUUGUGAGUGAACCAUCACCAAUCCAAUUAACUCUAAUCGCAUUAGGAAGCCCCAAACUCCCCUUAUAAAAAUCUCCCAGAUCCGAAAACCGCCAAACACCAGCAUGGUUUUCAACUUCCGCGUGUACAAAAAGCAGUCCCCAAAUGGCAAACUCACGCUGUAUUUGGGCAAACGCGACUUCGUCGACCACAUCUCGGGGGUGGAGCCCAUCGAUGGGGUCGUGGUGGUCGACAACGACUACAAAGACCGCAAGAUCUUCGGCCAAAUAAUCUGCAGCUUCCGCUACGGCCGUGAAGAGGACGAAGUCAUGGGUCUCAACUUCCAGAAGGACCUCCACUUGGCCACUGAGCAAAUCUACCCCCCCAGCGACAAGCCCAACCCCUCCAAGCUCCAGGACCGACUUGUGAAAAAACUCGGCCCGAAUUGCUUCCCCUUCACCUUCACUCUCCCGCCCAACGCCCCCGCCUCCGUCACCCUCCAGCCCGGGCCCGAGGACGAGGGCCAGCCUUGCGGGGUCCACUACUAUGUUAAGCUCUUCGUGGGGGAGACCGAAACGGAUCGCUCGCAUAAGCGGAGCACCGUCUCGAUGGCCAUUCGCAAGGUGCAGUACGCCCCCUCGAAGCAGGGCCGCCAACCCUGCACGGUGGUCCGCAAGGACUUCAUGCUGAGUCCUGGAGAGCUGGAACUGGAGGUGACCUUGGAUAAGCAGUUGUACCACCAUGGCGAGAAAAUCGCCACUAAUAUCUGCAUCAGGAACAACAGCAAUAAAAUCGUGAAGAAAAUCAAGGUCAUGGUACAGCAAGGGGUGGACGUGGUGCUCUUCCAAAACGGACAAUACCGUUCCACUGUUGCUAGCAUCGAAACACAGGAGGGGUGUCCGAUUCAGCCAGGCUCGAGUCUGCAAAAAGUCGUCUAUUUGCUACCCUUACUCUCGGUCAACAAGGACAGGAGGGGGAUCGCCCUUGAUGGCCAAUUGAAACGACAAGAAACGAAUCUAGCCUCCACGACUUUACUGGCCUCACCUGACCAGAAAGACGCCUUUGGCAUUAUUGUUUCGUACGCUGUCAAAGUUAAACUGUAUUUGGGGGCUUUGGGGGGCGAAUUGGCCGCCGAAUUGCCCUUCAUUCUAAUGCACCCAAAGCCGGAUAACAAACCCAAAGUCAUUCACGCUGACAGUCAAGCGGACGUGGAAAUGUUCAGACAAGACACCAUCGACAAUGACAUUGAUGAAUAAAAUCAAAAAAUUGAAUAAAUAUUAUCAGCCUGACAUUUAUGUAUGUUAUAUAGUAUUUGUUUCAAAUUUCUAUGGACAGUCAAACUCUCUAGCUAAGCAACUGUAAAAUUUUUCACAGUUCAACUAGUCUAGUUGCGUGGUAACGCGUCGUUACCUAGGCAACGCAUAUAUACAGGGUAUUUCACACAACUUUACGAGGCUUGCGCCUAAUGUACGCACCCAAAUAUACAAAAGUCACAAAACACUGGAUACAAAAAAUACACAUUUAAUUAUUUAAUUUUUGGAAACC